AUGGAAAGCUACACUGUAGGCUGGAUCGCAGCCCUCAGCGAAGAGCGCGCAGCCGCCGAGGCGAUGCUCGAAGAAGAACACAACAAACCGCACGACUUCACGAAAGCGCCCAACGAUACGAACGCAUACAGUUGGGGCCGCAUCGGCCAGCACAACAUCGUCAUCGCCUCCCUUCCCGAGGGCGUAUACGGGAACAACUCGGCCGCCACGACGGCGGCGUACAUGCUCGCCUCGUUCCCGAACAUCCGCAUCGGCCUGAUGGUCGGCAUCGGCGCCGGAGUGCCAGGGCCCGGGCGCGACGUCCGCCUCGGCGACGUCGCCGUCAGCAUGCCCGAGGGCGUCACCGGCGGCGUGAUCCAGUACGACCUGGGCAAGGACCUCGCCGACGGCUCGUUCGAGCGCAAGGGAUACCUCAACGCGCCCCCGACGGCUCUGCUCUCCGCGCUCGGCAAGAUCCGGGGCAACCACAAGCGCAAGGGGCACCGCAUCCAAGACCUCCUGGCCGAGAUGAUCGAGAAGAACCCGAUCAUGGGCGAGUCGUAUGACGGCGAGUUUGCGUACACCAGCCCAGGAGAGGACGUGGACCGGCUCUUCGAGGAGUCUUACGUACACCCGAGCAGCAAUCCCGACUGCAGCGCCUGCGACAAGUGCAACGAGGUCAAGCGCUCCAGACGGAACGCCGCCAGACUGCCGGCCAUCCACUACGGCACCAUCGCGUCCGGCAACAAGGUCGUCAAGAGCGCGGUGAAGCGGCGCGCGGUGAGCGCGGACGCGGGCCAGGCCUGCGUCUGCAUCGAGAUGGAGGCGGCGGGCCUGAUGAACAGCUUCCCCUGUCUCGUCAUCCGCGGCAUCUGCGACUACGCCGACUCCCACAAGAACGACGCUUGGCACAACUACGCUGCUGCCACUGCUGCUGCGUAUGCGCGGGAGCUGCUGGAGGUCAUUGAUGCGGCGGAUGUGGCGAAGACGCCCAAGGCGGCGGAGACGGUGAAGGCUGCCCCCCCAGAGCCUCAACCGAGUUCGCCGCCAGCCGCGGCCACGGCAACGGCAAGCAAUGAUCGAGGAGCACGUGAUGAUGAACUCGAGAAGCUUCGGAAGCGCGUCGGCGAGCUUGAAAAAUCCAACUCCAAUGGAAAAAAAGAAACUUCGCCCGGCCCGCACAUUGAAUGCGGCCGCGCAGAGAUCUCCAGACGUCCAGACGGUUCAGGCACGCGUAUCUACUUCAAAAAGCCUUUCACACGGAGGCCCGUAGUGUCGAUGACAUACCACAUGGACCAAUCCAACUAUUUCUAUAAUCAGAGAGCGUAUCUUCUCAAGAAUGCAUCUCUCCCGGCUUCGACACCGGAAUACUUUGUAGCUGGCUGCUGGACCGACAAUUACGAACAAGCCUCUGGCAUGAAGUUCGAGAUUGAUUGGGUAGCAGUAGAGCCGGACGAGUAG